AUGAUGGACGCCAACACUGGCAUGGGCAUGCGUGGGCAGCAGAUUUACCAGGACGAAUGCAUCGGCCCUUUUGGCAACGGCAACGAGAACGAGAACGGGAAAGCUCUGCACGACCUGCUGCUGGACCACGACAUGGGUGCCGUCAACACCCACCGCAAGGUGGGCCCCACCUUCAUCGGCCACAGUGGAGCGACGACGAUCGACUUCAUUUUCAUCCCGUCUUCUCUUUUGGCGGAAUCCACGUGCAGGCGCUGGCUUACCACGGCGAGACGCACUCGCAAGAGCAAGUUUUUCUUGGACCACAUCCCCAUCGUUGCACGCCUUCUGUUACCCUGCCCUGGACACGAUCAAACUACUCGCAGCAGCUGGAGCUGGCCUAAGAUCAUGGGCUGCCUCCAACAAGGACAUGGACGUGAGCCCUUUCUUCGUGAUCUCCGUGAGAAGCUUGAGCAGUACCAAGAGCAGUUUCAAGAGGUACGCACCGACCCGAACCCAGACAGACACAUGUACCUCUUCGUCGCCGUUUGCAGGCAAGUCGCGACCAAGCGCUUCUCGUUGGUGUCUGAGCGGCCGUCCUGGUACAGAGAAGCGAUGAGGCGAAGACUGGACCUGCUCAAGGAACUGGCCAUCGCCAAGCGCUCAGCCUUUCACGUCGACGCUCCUGACGCAGCACGCGACGAGGUGAAGGCACUCACCAAGGUACUGCACGCACAUCUUAAACAUAUACGAGCUGAAGCUGACCGUGACCUCGAACAGCAGAUUCGACCCGCGGUCGCGAUAGGCAUCCAAGAGUUGUUCCUAGGCCAAGACGAUUUCUUCGAGACUCGCAAACAUUUGUGGAAAAUGAAGAGGCUUAAAUUCGCACCAUGCUGGAGUUUACCUACGGAGAUAUACCUCAUCAUGACCGACCCGUGCAUUCUCAGCAAGCCAGGAGCGCAGACGGCAGGACUGGGAUUAUUCAUGGCUUUCGACCCCAUGGAUUUCGAGAACCCGCCCGACCCCUCUAAAAGAAAGCUGCCCCUGGACGAGUACACUCAGGCAUCGAAGAUCCUCGCUGAUCUACAUGCGCAUGCUCGUGCCACUCUUGCCACGCCCAACCAGGCUAACAUGAGCCAGACGUUCGCUUUGGACAAGAGGAAAGCCAUCCCUGGCGAGCCCGACGAGAUGCAGCGACGCAUUCAAGGCAACAUGGACUUCACAGCUCAGCGUCGUUAUCACGCAGUUAUGCGCAUCUCUUCUCCGCAGGGCCGGUUAUACCUCAAAGCUGGCAGUGAUGGCCUCAUGGGCGACAGCAACGAACCAGAAUUCUUCAUGGGCAAUUAUUGCGAAAGUAUAUCUGAGUACAUCGCCACCGCCAGCGGCUUCUCUAAAUUCACAUUGGCAUCUUCAGAAAUGUUUCACGACACCGUCAACGUUGGUGUUGGGUUUUUCAUUGAUGACUUACUGAAGCUCUUGGCCCUACCACCUGAGGCAACAGCAGACGAGAUCCGCGACGUGAGCAACUUAGACGCCGAGUGCCUGAACACCAGCGGCGAGGAAAAAGAGUACAAGCAGAACCGCACCAAGGCCGAGAUCGUCGUCGCCGCCUCUCGUCGUGGUAUCACACACAAAUUGGCGACAGAUCGACGUCUGGUGGGGAAGCUGUUACCUGAACGGAAGCACCUUGGCGGCAUGUUCUCUGCAUCUGGUAGCAACGUCGCUGAGCGUGCUGAACGUCUACGUGCUAUCAACCGCGCCUGGAAUCAGUUGAGUGGCUUUUGGCACUCCGAGGCUGGCUGGGAACCCAAGCGUCUUCUUUUCGGAGGAUGUGUCCACAGCGCGGCCACGUCUGGAGGAGAGAGCUACUUGUGCACCAAGGCCGGCUUUCAGGCCCUCGACUCCAACUUGAUUGGGAAGCUUCGCUCUAUGCUCCAGGGUCGUGCUCGCACUGAGGCCCACGGCAUACAUCGUUCCUGGCCCUCUCUUAACGUCUGGCGAUAUUGGAAGCUGACACCAGUUGCGCUUGAACUUACGGUGCGACGACUAUGUUGGUGGCGCGACAUUCUUACGGAUAUUCCGCAGCAUAUUCACUUCCUAGUCGGUUUCUUCGGCAACUUGGCCCUCGAAGGUGCAGCCAAAAUGAAUGUGCCGAUCUUGGACGAUCAAGGGGUGAUCAACGUGAAUGCCCCCGUCCACCCUUGGGCCAAGCAGCUCCACGACGAUAUCGAGAUUCUACUUACCAUUGAUCUGGCUACUGAAUUACGCGACAUGUGGCACCCGAGAAGUAUCAAGCGGCUUCUGGAGGACGAGGAGAUCCGCGACAUGUACACAGCCAUCGACCCCCGCACCCUGAGAGCUGGCUUUUUCUCUCAACAGUGGCGACCUCACGGUGCACCACUAGCAGAACAGAUGCCGCUAGAGGGAGAGAUCACAGGUAUCGACGGCGAGAAGCUUCAUACGUGCGAGAUAAAGAUGAAGGCGACACGGCGAGGCGGGAAGAGACGCAACAAGGGCGACAAGCCAGAGAAGGUGAUUCAAGUCAAGGACAAGGGACUCCGAGAACUACUGCUACUCGUACUCAAGCAGACGCUGAGCAACACGCAGAAGGUACGCGUGAUCGAGCGCAUCUUGCUAGACACGUUCAUCUUCCCGAAGAACCACAAGCUGGUGUCCAAGAUGCAGGAGGAGCAGGAGCUCUUCGUCCUGCGCGUCGACGAGUGCCGCAAAGAAAAGGAGAAUAACCCGAUGACCGAGCCCCUCGGCCCCCCGCGCGCGCUGCUGUUCGCGGCUCUGGUCGAGGCGGCAGCGACGAUCGACGCGUGCGGCGGCGACAACCUGAAGAAGAUCAAGACGCUGUCCGACGACAUCAACAAGUGCGAGAAGGCAGAGGACGUGGAGCAGCUCGUGCGCGUCUGCCGUCUCCAGAAGACGGCCCAGGAGGACCAGAUGAAGAUCGUGCUGGGCAUCCAGAACCUCGGCGACCGACGCUUCGGCCUGAUCGACGGGCUACGCCAAUGCGGAGGCCGUCAUCUGCGCGGCUCGGCACCCGCGGGCUACAUGGAGGAGGAGCUGCAGGAGUGGUCCUCCUACGUGCAGUCGCGCUCCUACCGGGCGCCGGAGGUCAUCCUGGGCCUGCCGUACGACCAGAGGGUGGACGUCUGGUCCCUGGGCUGCGUCCUGGCGGAGCUGUGGACGGCCGGCGGCGAAAUGGCCCUGCUGGAGUCCGUCGACACUUGGUUUAGCACGCAGCCUUACCAGUCGGCGUUUGCCGUCGCCUCGAUGAAGGCGACCGCCUCGGACCUUCUGGCGCAGAAGGGCGAGAAGAUGGCGAUGGAAGACCAGGCCGUUGGCGAGGCUCCUGGGGAAGCGCCGGCAGCGGCCGGCGCCCGUGAAGCCCAGAGCACCGACAAUCCCUUGGAGGCAAUCAGCUGGAGACGAACCUUGGCGUUCUUCCUGUAUGGGGGCCUCUACCAGGGAUGCGCGCAGUACUUUAUAUUCAACGUGUGCUAUCCCGUGUGGUUCGGCGAGGGGCAGGACCUCUUGACCGUAUCUGAGAAGGUCCUGUUCGACCAGUUCGUGCUGACGCCUUUCCUCUGCCUGCCGGUGGCGUACCUGAUCAAGGCGCUGACGCUCAACGCCGACGUCCCCGCGGGCAUGCGACGGUACGUCGAGGAUGCAGGAAACGACCUCCUGGUCAAGUACUGGCUGAUCUGGGGGCCAGUGCAGUGCUUGACCUUCGGCGUGGUGCCGCCGCAGUGGCGGAUACCCUUCAUUGCGCUGGUGUCCUUCUUCUGGCUGAUCGUCCUGUCGUCCAUCUCCUCCCGCAGUGAUGCCGAGGGCGGCAGCGGCAGCCGCCCCCCCAGGGCGGCGGCGGAGGCCUGA